UGAGGGAAAUCUAACGUGCCUUGAGUAAAAUAUCUCAUGUUGCCUUCAGUUCCCAGUGGCCGGGAGCAGCCGGGGAGUGGCGGGUUGACCACACACACUGACAGACUGCUCUCGGACUAAUGCAAGCCUUUCAGUGUAAGAGAAAGCAAAUUAGUGACCUUCUCUGUUUCUUCAUGCUGAAGCAUAAGCACCUAGCAACCUGCCUGGUGCUCCUCUUUUAGUUUGGCAGCUCUGACGGAUGCCUGCUUCACCCACAUGAUGUCAGUGGCUGUUUUUCUGGCUGUUAUAGUGACCGAGGGACUUUGGGAUUUGAUGUUUUGUGGUUUUUGAGAUUCCAAUGACAGAGGCAUAAGCACUCCGGUAUCUUUCUCUUAUUCUAUCCCCUUGUGGGCAUUUAUUUUUCCUACGAUUAAGCAUCCCCAUCUGGCCCAGUCUGGACACAGCACUCAUUCUUUCAUUACAGCUCGCCCUGGACCCUCGUGUUCUUACCCCUCCUAACUGGGGGACCAAGAGGAAGAAAUAUGAUCCUCUUUUUUGUGGUAUGUUAAGGGCAGCGGCAACAGUGUGUGGUUUCCAUGGAGAAGGCUGCAGAAAUAUGGCACUGAGGGGCUGCGUGAACGCUCCCCAUGUCUCAGGUCCAAGUGAAUGUGAAGCCAGCUAGCGUAGCACAGCAAGCUCCACCCUGGAACUCCUUGUUCCGACUCCUCUUCUCAUGCAUGGCCACAAGGAGCGUGCACAGGACUAAAGAGGUCCCCACAUUUCAAGAGAAGACGAAAGCCUUACUUGGAAAUCUUAUGGACGAAGAAAUGAGUCGCCAGACUGCCACCGCGCUGCCCACAGGAACCUCCAAGUGCCCCCCCUCCCAGCGCGUGCCCACCCUGUCGGGCACCACAGCCUCCAACAGUGACCUGGCCAGUCUGUUCGAGUGCCCUGUCUGCUUCGACUAUGUCUUACCCCCCAUCCUGCAGUGUCAGUCCGGGCACCUGGUAUGUUCCAACUGCCGGCCCAAGCUCACCUGCUGCCCGACCUGCCGAGGUCCCCUGGGCUCCAUCAGGAACCUGGCCAUGGAGAAGGUGGCCAACUCGGUCCUCUUCCCCUGCAAGUACGCCUCGUCGGGCUGCGAAGUCACCCUGCCCCACACCGACAAGACGGAGCACGAAGAGCUGUGCGAGUUCCGGCCGUACUCCUGCCCCUGCCCCGGCGCCUCCUGCAAGUGGCAGGGCUCCCUGGACGCCGUCAUGCCUCAUCUGAUGCACCAGCACAAGUCCAUCACCACACUGCAGGGGGAGGACAUUGUGUUCCUGGCCACGGACAUCAACCUCCCUGGAGCGGUGGACUGGGUGAUGAUGCAGUCGUGCUUCGGCUUCCACUUCAUGCUGGUGCUGGAGAAGCAGGAGAAGUACGACGGCCACCAGCAGUUCUUUGCCAUCGUGCAGCUCAUCGGCACUCGCAAGCAGGCGGAGAACUUCGCCUACCGGCUGGAGCUCAACGGUCACCGGCGCCGCCUGACCUGGGAGGCCACGCCGCGCUCCAUCCACGAGGGCAUCGCCACGGCCAUCAUGAACAGCGACUGCCUGGUGUUCGACACGUCCAUCGCGCAGCUUUUCGCUGAGAACGGCAACCUGGGCAUCAACGUCACCAUCUCCAUGUGCUAAGAACUUUUUGAAGAGCAGAGGGUCAAACAGUUACAGAUUGUCAGGGGGCAUUUUUUAGGGGGUCAAAUAAGUUGUGACCUCACAGCGCCCCGCCCCUCUCUGCCCCACCCCUAGAGACGUGGAACUGGACUGUCAGAUCGGGCAGCCGUGGAGGCCCAGGGGGUGGGUGGGAUGGAUGGAUGAGUGGAUGAGUGGAUGGAUGGAUGAAUGAGUGGAGGAAUAAUAAACACAAGGACAUAACUGUAAUGAUGGUUAUAGACUUCUACACACACACAAACUUGUAUGUGAGACUCGUGCACGCACACGCUGUCUCGUCCUCUCGGUCAUACACACAGACACAAACUGAGAAGCUGUUCUGUAAAACUCGCUCGUCAAACUUCUCAUUUCUCUGUCACGUCUCCCUGGGAGUGAGUUCCCCCCACUCAUGUUUCAGUGUCUCUCUCUUUCUCCUCUUCCUCAUCCUCACACAUUUCACACGCUGCAGCUGCAGGACGCCGGAGGCCGCUCGCCGCUGAGCAGCUCUGUGGCGGCCGCACGCACCGAGGACGGCUCGAACUAUAGUUUCCACGUGGACUCCCGGUCAGGGCUAGGUAGCUCGCCAGCGGUCUAGCUUCUUUCUGUUAGUAAUCCCCCCCCCUCGUGCCCGUCGGACCUCCUGGUUACCGUUAAACUAAGUAGGACCGGAACCACGGCUGUGGCUCGCGCUGGACCCCGGAGUCCACCAUUUGGAUUUUUAUGUCCACCUGUGACACUGAUGCUGCGACUGGAAUCGUCAGCCACAGGCCUGGACGACUGUAGCACCCACACGGUUCUGUCCAGGACCGAAACCUUUGAUCGGCAUUGAA